GGAAACGUCGCUGAAGAAGAAGACUCCUGGUCAACUUCUCCUGGUAGACAGCAAGCAUGAAGGGUGGGCAGGAAAGUUCUGACAGCGUGGGCAGCCUGGAGUCUACCGAUGAAGAGAGCCCUCCGGCAGCGAUGUCCAGAAAUGGAUACUUCUUUGAAGAGACUGGUUACCUUAAGUGUGACACCGAUGACGGCUGUGACCCCAAAGAGGAGGAAGGGGGAGGAGGAGAGGAGCUUUUUGACACCGUGCACUCAUCCAUCGUUUCUGGGGAGAGCAUACGGUUUUUUGUGAAUGUCAAUUUGGAAGUCCCGCAAAGUGCUGCAGCAGAAAACGAGAGUUCCGGCUGUGUAUUGCUGCAUACGUCACGAAAGUAUCUAAAAUUAAAGAACUUCGAGGAGGAGGUGCGGGCGCACCGGGACCUUGAUGGCUUCCUUGCCAAAGCCAGCAUUAUCCUGGACGAGACGGCAACCUCUCUGGACGACAUCCUUCGGGAAAUGCUAAAGCACUUUGUGGAAGACCCCGAAAAUGCGGAGCCCACCUGCAACUUCGAGAAAAUCAUGAGCACUUUAUUCACGGACUCCGGAGCUCCGAGGGAGGGCAACGUUCACCUUCUCUCCGAUACGAUUCAGGGGGUCACAGCGACGGCCACCGGCGUCCAGUACCAGCAGUCUUGGCUCUGCAUUAUUUGCACUAUAAAAUCCCUUCAGAGGCGACACGUUUGCAUCAGCCGACUGGAGAGGCCGCAGAACUGGGGCGAGAACUCCUGCGAAGUGAGGUUCGUCAUUCUGGUUCUGGCUCCUCCUAAAAUGAAAAGCACCAAGACCGCCACGGAGGUCGGGAGAACGUUUGCAACCAUGUUUUCCGAUAUCACUUUUCGGCAGAAGCUUUUAGAAACCAAAACGGAAGAGGAGUUUAAGGAAGCCUUGGUGCAUCAGAGACACCUCUUGACGGUCGUAAACCGGCACACGUCUGUCAACGACAGCCACAAGAUGCACAGCCACAAACCUUUAAAGAUGCAUGAGUUUUUCAAUGUGGGAAAGGGAAUUUUCGAUGACAUUGCACGCAGGCUGCCCGUAUACCCUCUGGAUUUUACAGACGGUAUAAUCGGGAAUAACAAGGCCAUAGGAAAGUACAUAACUACUAUGAUUUUCUUGUACUUUGCGUGCCUCCUGCCCUCCAUAGCCUUUGGCUCUUUGAACGAUGAAAGCACUGGAGGGGUGAUUGACGUGCAGAAGACGAUUGUCGGUCAGUGUAUCGGUGGAGUCAUCUACGCUCUGUUUUCUGGGCAGCCUUUGGUUGUUCUGUUAACUACUGCGCCGCUGGCUUUAUAUAUAAAUGUGAUCCGAGGAAUCUGCGAUGACUACAAUCUGGAUUUUAAGGCGUUUUACGCCUGGACCGGCCUCUGGAAUAGCUGCUUCCUCUUCCUCUAUUCUCUGUUUAAUUGCAGCCUGCUGAUGAAGCUUUUCAAGAGGUCCACGGAGGAGAUUAUUGCGCUUUUCAUUUCCAUAACGUUCGUGCUGGACGCACUCAAAGGGAUUAUUAAAAUUUUUAAGAAGUAUUAUCUGGAGGUCCCAAACCCCCACGCCUAUUAUGAGAAGGGAUCGUCGGAAACCUUGCCGAGCCUGAACAUCACCCCCGACGUGUUUUUCGGGUCGGCCCUCAACGGCUCGCUCCUGCAGAACGACAGCGCGGAUCACGAGCACACGCAGCACGGGAGAGAGUCCGCCGUCCUCAGCCUCAUGCUCAUGUUCGGGACGCUCUGGUUGGGUCACACGCUGUACCAGUUCAAAAAAAGCCCGUACCUGCAUUCGAGGGUGCGUGAGAUGCUGUCGGACUGCGCGUUGCCCAUAUCCGUGCUGACCUUCUCCGUGGUGGGAUCGUACUUCUUUAAGGAGAUACACAUUGCCAAGUUUAACUACAUUGAGACGGAGAGCCUGUUCGUAUUGGCCCCCAUUGGAUCUCUUUCUAUGGGCUCCAUAACCAGUGCCAUGGGGCUGGGAUUCCUCUUGUCGAUGCUGUUCUUCAUAGAGCAGAAUAUUGUGGCUUCUCUCACCAACGCGCCGGAGAACAGAUUGGUUAAAGGUACAGCGUACCACUGGGACCUCCUGCUGGUGGCCCUCAUUAACACCGGACUGUCAUUGUUUGGGAUGCCGUGGAUACACGCCGCCUAUCCUCACUCGCCCAUGCAUGUCCGAGCCCUGGCCAACGUGGAGGAGAGAGUGGAACACGGGCAUAUUUAUGAAACGAUCGUGAGCGUGAAGGAGACGCGGCUGACGUCUCUCGUCGCCAACAUCCUCGUCGGCCUCUCGCUCUUCCUCCUGCCGUAUCCCCUGCAGUGGAUUCCCAAACCGGUGCUGUACGGCCUGUUCCUGUACAUCGCCCUGACCUCCAUUGACGGCAGCCAGCUGUUUGAGCGGGUGGCCCUCCUGUUGAAGGAGCAGACGGCGUACCCGCCAACUCAUUACAUCAGAAGAGUCCCUCAAAGAAAGAUUCACUACUUCACAGGGCUGCAGGUCCUCCAGCUGGUGAUUCUCUGUGGGUUUGGGAUGUCUCCUCUCCCGUACAUGAAGAUGAUCUUUCCUCUCAUUAUGAUCGGGAUGAUACCCAUCAGAUACAACCUACUACCGAAGAUCAUCGAAUCGAAAUACCUGGAUGCGAUGGACGCCGAGCACUAGAACGGACAAACCACCCUGGGAAUCCGGCGGAGGAGUUUUUUCUUCCCCGGCUAAAAAGAACUGUCGUAGUGUCUUACGGAAUCCGGCGACUCUGGAUCUGUACGUAGAAUGUAUGACCAAAGCCGAAAUCAGGUGACUUUCUUAAAGAAAACUAUCCAAAGGCUGACGAGUUUACACGACGCGGCUACGGGAAGCCACCCAAAGAUCCUGCGCGAUGCUUCAUCUCAUGCUGUCUCUUGCCCUCGGAUAUGAAAAGAGAGAGAAUUUUUUUCUUGUUAAUUUUUUUUUAAGACUUUAUAUCCUGAAUGAACCAAAUCGUCGACUUUUCUUGGACUGAGAAUAUUGUUUGAAGGAUUUAAAAUGGCCAGGGGGCCAAAA